UCCAAAGUUGAGCUUACCAUAGACGGCCAAUUUAUGCUCAAGGACCCAGAAGGCAGAGAGAUAUAGGGAGCUGAUAUAGCGCGUUCAGGUGUUGCCUAUGCAGCAAUGCUUGACAGCGGAAACUUGGUGCUGGCAACCCAGAAUUCUGUGUAUUUGUGGGAGUGUUUUAAUCGUCCAACUGAUACAAUAUUACCCACAAACACUAUUGGUCGGCUCGGAAAACUUGUUGCACGUUACUCGGAAACGAAUUACUCAAACGGAAGAUUCCAGUUCUCACUGCAAUCGGUUGGAAAUCUUAUGCUUCAAACUAUAGAUUUUCCAUUGGACUCUGCUAAUUCUAAUUAUUGGUCAUGCGAAACUGUGGGCAGUGGUUUUCCGGUCGUCUUCAACCAGUCUGGUUCUAUAUACGUUGCAGCAGUAAACGAAAGCAUACUUAAGAUGAUAUCAUCGAAUGCCGGAUCUACGCAAGACUUUUAUACAGUGAUUCUUGAAUAUGAUGGAGUUUUUAGGCAUUAUGUAUACCCAGAAGGCCAUAAUAUUUCGAAUUCCACGAGUUGGCCUUUGGAUUGGAUCCCAAUGUCGAACUUCAUACCUUCUAAUAUCUGCUCAGACAUAACGGAAGGUACAGGCGGUGGAGCUUGUGGUUUCAACAGCUACUGCCAACUAGGAGAUGAUCAGAGACCACAAUUUCGGAAAAAAAAAAAAAAGAUUUUAUAAAAAUAAAAUUCAAAAAUUUAUGUAAAUAUAUGCAAUACCUUAAAUUUAUUUUAUAAUUUGAUAUAAUAUUAUAACAAAUUACUAUCAAUUUAUAAUAAUUCAUUUUCGAGCAUAUAGCCAUGCCGCUAGUCAAAUCUUUGAACAGACUCUUAAAAAUAUUGAAACGUUCGAACGAAAUUUCCCGACAUUUCUAUGGUUGGAACUUGGAAGGGAACGAACGAAUUGUCCGGUGUGUGUGUGAGCAACCUGCCUUACCAACCGAGUCAUAAUGGGAGCAAUAGCCCAUCCCAUUGGUACAGGUUCUGUUGGGCCGUACUCUACUUGGGCAAGGUCACAUAUCCCGUAGAGUAUUCGCUGAUGGGCCACUCGUGGUUUUUGAAUGGGCCUUUGGGUUCGUUAGGUGUUACAUAUUUUCCCUCACAUUGAUCAUAACUUUUAGAUCCCCCAGUCAAACCCAAUAUUGGUUUGGCAGGUACUAGGGGCUCUAUGUCAACAAUCAAAACUGCUUAGUUAUCAAAGGAGGCAUCCACAUCGUUGGGUUACCUAUUUUAAUUGUUUAGGCCGAUGAUGAGAAAAUAUUAUCCUUGAAGGUCUUAUCAUCUUACUAACUUAUUAUC